AUGCAUCGAGGACUGCGUUUGCUUCGGCGACAAUUCGGCAUUACUCGCACAACUCACACUGGCCUAUAUACCGCACCCAUUGCAUCUAGCAUCUACUGCAAGAAUUACCCUCACCAAGGCUUCCACCAGAACGUCGCAAAAAUGUCCAAUUUCGACAAAUUCAACGGUAAUACGGCUGACAAGCCACCCAAGAAUGAAAUGGUCUAUCUUCCGAGCGUGAUGUCGCCCAAUCGGAAGUUUGGUGUGUUCCGCAAAGUCCUGCAUACUGGCUUGUACUCCCAAUUCGUUGCCAUGGAAGUGCCAGUGAACGGCGAGAUUGGAGAUGAGAUCCAUACUGUCGACCAAACGCUCGUCUUCACACACGGCAAGGGAAAGGCUAUCGUCGCUGGUAAGGAACAGGAGGUCAAGGAGGGCGAUGUGGUCAUCGUUCCUGCAGGUACUCAGCACCAGUUCCUUAACAUCGGCCCCGUUCCCUUGGAACUGGUGACAGUUUAUGCGCCUGCCGAGCAUUAUACGAGUACUGUGCACCAGACCAAGGCAGAAGGAGAUGCACAGGAAGAAAGGGGCGAAGAUGAGGCUCCGGAAUGGAGUCAGCGAAGCAAGGCCGAAAAUGAGAAGCUGGGACUAGUGAAGGGGGAGUGA